CCGGAGAGCGAGCUUUUCCUUCCACUCAGUGAGCCGGUGAUCUGUCUCCCUGGAGGAGGGAGAGAAGGCGACGCGUCACUCACGACUGUCACUGUCGUCUUCAGUGCAUCUCGCCUUGCCGGCGAUCAGAGGCCCAGAGGGAGAGGAGAACGUCCUUAGAACUCGAAGGAGGCGAUGGCCAUGGCGCUAUUCGUGUUGCGGACGGCAGCUCUCACUGCCUUGCUGCUACUCGCCGCUAGUGCACGUCCUGCAUGCGCACGUCCUGCGCGUGCUUUACGUCGCCAGCCCGAAGUGACCAUUAAGUCGAUCACUUUCAUGGGCAACGGUUGCAGCUUUGACGACACCGACUUCAUUCCGUCCCAGGACAGUGUCGCGUUCCGUUUUGGCGGCCUGGCUGUGACCACCGACGGAUCCUUGGCCGACCGCAGGAAGACCUGCCAGGUCUCGUUUGAGUUGGACGUUCCUGAUGGCUGGUGCUCCGCGGUGCCCAAGGUGACGGGAAGGGGGUUCGCGGACGUGGAAGCAGGCUCCAAGAUCAUCUACGAGUUCAUCUACUAUUUGUCCGGACAGCCGGGCACGGACUCGGUCCGGCGCAUCAUCAAAGGCCCGGCAAAACGGAUCGUCGAGUUCAGGCAACACUUCAGUCCGAUCGUGCGGAGCCAGAGCAACGGCGCUGUCAAUCUGAACGUCAAGAUCGUGGCGACGGCGGAAGGCAGCAAGGCGACGAAUAUCGGCGACUCCGACGAUGACAAGUUACGCCUGGAGUUCGUCCUCGAAUGGAAAAGAUGCUGAGAGGUGCUGAGAGGACCCCAUCACCUCUCACGUGGGUGGGGUCUGGCAGGAGUGUAGGUUUAUUAACUUCGGAGAAAAGGGCAAGUGUGUGUGUGUGUGUGUGUGUGUGUCUGUUGUGGCGUAAGUAUCGCCUCCUCAUGUGAGGAGUCCAACGGUGACUAUUGGACGUGAGGAGGAAGUAAUUGAUUGUUGGUGAAAUCGUUGAAACUCAGGAUUGUUAACUACCUCUAUAGGACGAGCAGCAUUUAGUUCUUCACUUGCGCGCGUCGUAAUAGCUGUACGCUGCUGUUUCUUUUUUUUUUAUUUUAUGUUUAGCCGUUUUUUUUUUUCUUUUCAAUUGGUGGGACAUUUGCCAUGUAGGAGGCCGGACCUUUGCUGUUCUGCAUUCCAUUCUGCUCGAUCCGAAUGGUCGGACGGAUACGUGCAGUAGCUUUAUUUUCUUGAGGACUUUGUUAUUUCGUUCUGCUCGCCGUGAUGCGUGCACUAUCUUUAUUUAAUGCAGGACGGAUACCGUGAUACGUGCAGUAUCUUUAUUUUUUUGAGGACUUUCUUACAGUAGCUUUAUUCUUUUUAGGACUUUCUGUUCUGCCGCCUCUUGGCUCGGCUUUUGUCUAAGCACUUUCUACUGAGUCACGUCCGCUCGAUUUGUCUCUGUUGAGGCAAACUGGUGGUGAGGCCAGGGGAACACCGCGUCGUCGAAGGCCUGCGACGUAAUAACGUUGAGUUCAACUGAUAACAUCCUGGUGAAUCAUUGUGUGGAGGCUGUGUAACAGCGAUCACAUCCUGAGCAUCAAUCGGGGUAUCAGAAAUGUCACGGUGGAACUGGGACGGCCCGCACGGCCGCGAUGAUGAUGCCCAAUCCCCACGAUUCCUUGCUCUGCCAGCCGUCAUUCCCAACCGGGGCAAGGUCCCACUUGCACGGAUUAAGAGAUUCUGGCCGUUGGUCUUUGCUAUCUACAGUCACUAUCGCUUAAUUCGUGUAAGUGGGACCUAGCCCCCGGUGGGAAGAAAGCAGUAGUGGAGUGCCACUGAGACGACCUCUCCACGAUUCCUUGCUCCGCCGGCCGUCGUUCUUAACCGGUGGAAAGAAAGUAGUAGUGAGUGCCACUGAGUGGAGCUCGCCGACCUUCACUUGGAUAGGGUUGGGCGAGGGUGCAAGAUGGGAGGGGUUGUCAUAGAAUAUCAAGCUCCUGGAGGCAGGGAGGUGGGAUGAAGGACGGGACAUGGGACGGGAUGUCUCACCGCACACGCAGUACGGGGUGGGGCGAAGAGUCGAGGACAGUUUCUGCAGUGGUGACAAGGUCGUACGACCAUGGCAGCGAGGUAGCGAAGGGGCUACCCCCCCCCCCCUCUUUUAGCAGUUGUAGAUGAAGCAAGGAAUUGUCCAUGCUUGUUAGAGCACAGCCCAUUCAUUGCCCAAUCAAGACAGUCAUGCGUC